AAAGCCUUACGCUGGAAACUGAAGUACACAGACAGCUGCGAUAGUAGCAAGCAUUUCACAUUCCCAGUGUGCUGACGGUCUGGAAGCAAGGAAGACCUGCAAGCCCUGCUUUGAGAAAGUUUCUCUACUAGGGGCUCAGGGACAGAUAUAUUCGUAAAUACAUAUAUACAGAAAAGAAGGAUUGGGGGAAAAAAAAGAGCAGUUACUCUUCACCAUGGGUUUGCCUUUUGAUCAAGUGGAAGAAUUGCGUCUCUACCAGCAAACUCUUCUCCAGGAUGGACUCAAAGACAUGUUGGACCACAAUAAGUUUCUGGACUGCGUCUUAAAAGUCAAAGGGAAGGAGUUUCCCUGCCAUCGGCUGGUGCUGGCAGCUUGCAGCCCGUAUUUUCGAGCGAUGUUCCUCUCUGACAUGGAAGAGAGCAAGAAGAGGGAGAUCAGUUUGGAAGAUGUUGAUCCAGAUGUCAUGGGUAAGAUCCUCCAUUAUAUCUACACUUCCGAGCUGGAGAUCACAGAGCAGAAUGUGCAGGACAUCUUCUCCGUGGCCAACAUGUUCCAGAUCCCCUCCAUCUUCACCGUCUGCGUGUCCUUCUUGCAGAAGCGGCUCUGCCUCAGCAACUGCUUGGCCAUCUUCAGGCUGGGCUUGAUGCUCGAUUGUGCCCGGCUGGCCGUGGCAGCUCGGGAUUUCAUUUGUGAUCGCUUUGCACUGCUGUCUCGGGACGAGGAGUUCUACCAGCUUUCAGCCGAUGAGCUUAUUGCGAUCAUCUCCAACGACUCCCUCAACAUCGAGAAAGAGGAGACUGUCUUUGAAGUGGUGAUGAAGUGGGUGGGGACCAAGGACCAGGAAAGCCGGCAAAAGGCCUUGCCGGUCAUCUUUGAAAGCAUCCGCUUCCGCCUCAUGCCCAGUGACUACAUCAAGGACCACGUGGAGAAGCAAGCCAUGGUGAAAUCGAGCCCGGAGCUGCUCAAGAAACUCCAGAUGGUGAAGGAUGCCCAGAAAGGUAAAUUCACUGUGGUGAAGAAGAAGAAAAUGAAGAAAAGCAAUGAAAAGCAAGUGAAAGAUAAUGUUGUCAAUGGAGCAGUAGAUGAGGAAGAAGAUACAGAGGAGGAUGCUCUCCCAGGGAUCUUAAAUGACACAAUGCGCUUUGGGAUGUUCCUUCAAGACCUUAUUUUCAUGGUGAGCGACAGUGGAGCAGUGGCCUAUGAUCCCACUGCCAAUGAGUGCUAUUUUGCCUCCCUGUCCACUCAAAUCCCAAAGAACCAUGUCAGUUUGGUGACCAAGGAGAAUCAGAUCUUCAUUGUCGGUGGACUGUACUACAAUGAGGACAACAAAGAGGAUCCCAUGAGUUCCUACUUCCUACAGUACGACCAUCUGGACGCAGACUGGCUGGGGAUGCCACCCCUGCCAUCUCCUCGCUGCCUCUUUGGCCUGGGAGAGGCAGAAAACUCCAUUUUUGUGGUCGGAGGGAAAGAACUGAAAGAAGGAGAAAAGACCUUGGAUUCGGUCCUGUGCUACGACCGGCUGUCCUUCAAGUGGGGUGAAGCCGAUCCCCUUCCCUACUCAGUCUACGGCCACGUGGUGGUAUCGCACAAGGACCUCGUCUACGUCAUUGGUGGCAAAGGAAGUGACAAGAAGUGCCUGAAGAAGAUGUGUGUCUACAACCCAUCCAAGUUUGAGUGGAAGGAGCUGGCUCCCAUGAAAACUGCUCGGUCCCUGUUCGGAGCCACUGUGCACAAGGACAAAAUCUACGUGGCAGCUGGUGUAACUGACUCUGGCUUGACCAACUCGGUGGAAGUCUAUGACAUCGCCACCAACAAGUGGGACAGCUUCACUGAGUUCCCGCAGGAGCGCAGCUCGGUCAGCCUGGUGAGCUUGGCUGGGGUGCUCUACCUUCUCGGAGGCUUCGCCACGGUGGAGACGGAGUCGGGAGAGCUGGUGCCAACAGAACUGAACGACGUUUGGAGGUAUGAUGAAGAGCAGAAGAAGUGGGAAGGGGUCCUUCGGGAGAUCCAGUACGCCUCUGGUGCCACUUUCCUUCCCGUGCGCCUCAACAUUUUGCGUCUGACAAAGAUGUAGCGAGGCUUGAUUUAUUUGUUUUUUCCAUAGGGGUCUGGGGCAAGGAGGGAUGGGGGAAGGUGAGGCCACACAGAGAAGUGGCAUCUGGAUACUGUGUAGGACAUUACAUCUGUGAUUGGUACCAUUUUACUCACUCAAAUGGGAAAGAGGGGAAAUUAGUCCUACAGGGACUUGAAGAUGCUCAGAAGAUAAAUAGAGAAGGGGUCUGGAGCCUUCAGGGAGCUGGGGUAGAAGCGUGGAACAAUGAGCUGUUCCAGUCUCAGUGGAUAGGACAAAAUAUCAUAGAAUCAUUUUGGUUGGAAGAGACCCUCAAGAUCAUCGAGUCCAACCAUUAAUCUAACACUAGCACUAAACCAUGUCCCCAAGAACCUCAUCUACGUGUCUUUUACACACCUUCAGGGAUGGUGACUCCACCACUUCCCUGGGCAGCCUGUUCCAAUGCCUGACAACCCUUUCCAUGAUCAUACUUUUCUUGUUCCACUUCUUUCCCCAUGAUUUUCCCCAGCUUUGUGACUGCUGUUGAAUCUCCCCAACCACCAGUGGAGGCAGAAAGUGGUUCCCAAGGGACUAAGCUCAUGUUCUCCGGGGAAGAUGGGGGUCUAUAAAGUAUUUCCCCACCUCAGAUAGCUGUGAGCGUGGUGCUAGAGCCCACCUUGGAGAGGAGAAGGAAGGGUCAAAGUGGUACAGGAGAGACGUGGGGGGACUUUGAUGAGAUGUUGGGUGAUGAGGGUUGUUGGGAUGUGACAGUUAAAAGAAAAGAGCAUGUGAGCAAGGGCAGUAAAAGCACUUUGGAAGUCGCAAUGAAAAGAAAAUAGUCUUAGUUCUUUGCCUCCACGUUGACUUUGGCCUAAAGAGACGCCAGGAGCUGAGGUCUGCGGGAGGAGAAGAGUCAUGAAAGUGGUAGGGGAGGAAAGUGGGGAGAGAUGGGCCAGGGGCACAUGUGCCCUCAUCUCCAGCCUUCUGGGCUCCUCAUCACCAAUCACAGAUACAAUGUCCUCACCUAUGCCUGGAUAAGUGUUGUUUUUCAGGGAAAGGUUUUGUAUUUAUGCUGUUUCUCUUAUUUUUAAUGUUCUGAUUUUUUUUUAAGAGUAUUCUAGUUUGCUAAGUACAUGGAGAUCUCAAAUGUAUUUGGCUCAGAGAGAGCUUCCUACUGAGGAAAAAUGCAUUUUUUUUUUUUUAAUUUAUCCAUAAUGAUGUUUUGAUAGAAACAUGACUGUACUGGCAGCAGGACAAAGAUCCGCUGGAGCAAAAAUCUCUUGCUGCCCACACCAUCUAACCAGUGGUUUAUGUAAAAAUAAAUUAUUAGGCUAUUUCAAAAGAAA